AGAGACGAUAAUCAGUGUAUCUCAGAGAGAAACAGUAUCGAGGAGAGAGAGAGAAGUACGUACAAAAAGCAAGAUUGUGGAGAAGAAAUAAGAUGGCGUGUGAUAAGAAUGGUUUGGCUGUGUCUCUUUGAUUAUUUAAUACAUGUACUGUGCUGACAGAGGAGAUGUGAAACAGCUUUAUUGAUAUAUAUACAUGGUGAAAGUCUAUUUCUUUCGUUUUUAUCUUCCCUCUCUUUCUCUCCCAUUAAACUACUUUUUGUUCCCUUUCCUCUAUUUUCUUCACUGACACAGGAAUACCUGCACAUUUUCUCACGCACGCACGCAUACUCAAAGCAGAACCCCAGAGCCCACUCCGUCGGACACAUACAUCACUCCGUUUCUCUCUCUUCCCCUCUCCAGCUAUGUGGAUAUGAUAAGGGCCUUGUCAGUAGCGCAGAGAGAGAGAGUGGUAAAGAGGAACAGAAGAGGACAGGGCAGAGAAAUCAGAGAAAUUUUUUGCAGCCAUACCAUACCUAUUAUUUCGCAUUUUCCGCUCUGCCACCCGAUUCAUCAAAUAUCUGUGAAAAGCCGAUAUAAUAAUCUGUGCCUCAGCCAAACCAAACCUAACCCAACAACUAGCCAGGGCAAACCCAUCUCCUCUCCCCAAUUCCUGAGUUCUCCUUUUGAGUUCGUAAACCCCUGUCGUCCUCUCAUUUGAUUUUCACCGAUUCGUGAAGAUUCGGAAGCAAUAUUCUCGUCUGGGUUCUUUAUAACUCUCGCAAAGCUCAUCAAACUUUUAGGGUUUUUUUUUUUGUUGCUCUCUAAGCUUCUUUCGUUUGCUAUUUUUAACUUUCUUUCCAUGGAGUCCUAUUGCUAUAUUGAUAACGGUGACGCCCACUUGCCCCCUGGAUUUCGUUUUCACCCAACUGAUGAAGAACUGAUCACAUACUACCUUCUCAAGAAAGUCUUAGACAGUAAUUUCACCGGCAGAGCCAUUACUGAAGUUGACCUUAACAAGUGCGAACCAUGGGAGCUACCUGAGAAAGCGAAGAUGGGAGAGAAAGAGUGGUACUUCUUCAGCCUACGCGACCGCAAGUACCCAACUGGACUCAGAACAAACAGGGCUACUGAGGCUGGGUACUGGAAGGCUACUGGGAAAGAUAGGGAGAUUUACAGCUCCAAGACUGGUUCUCUUGUGGGAAUGAAGAAGACGUUGGUGUUCUACAGAGGAAGAGCACCAAAGGGAGAGAAGAGUAACUGGGUCAUGCACGAGUACCGGCUUGAAGGCAAAUUUGCUUACCAUUACCUCUCCAGGAGCUCUAAGGACGAGUGGGUCAUAUCCCGGGUGUUCCAGAAGAGCGGACCCGGCGUCGGCGCAGCCACCACCAGCGGCGGCGGUUGUAUUAGAUCGAGGAAGACCCCCCGCUUCAACUCUGCUAUAAAUCUGUUUCAAGAACCUAGCUCACCUUCUUCGGUCUCACUCCCCCCGCUCCUUGAUUCCUCUCCCUACCCAUCCUCCACCGCCGCUUCCACUGGCACCCUUAACGACCGUGAAGGCUGCUCGUACGACAGCUCAAUUUCCAGGGAGCACGUGUCCUGUUUCUCCACCAUCGCCGCGGCAGCUGCCUCCGCUGCUGCCUCUAACUUCAAUCCCAGCUCGGACCUCGUUCUACCGCGGCCUUCGAUUGCCUCAGUCGACCAUUUCGCCCUGUUCCCAAGAAAUGUCGGGGUAUCAGCGUUCCCGAGCCUGAGGUCGUUGCAGGAGAAUCUUCAAGUUCCUUUCUUCUUGUCUCCGGGCUCGACGUUGCCGCUCCAUAGUGGCUCAGCCGAGCUUGGUCUCUGCAGCUCAGCUGGUGCAUGGCCAAUGCAGGAGGACCGGAAGGUCGACAGUAGCGAUCGUGGGCCUGAUGGCGGUAGAAUGGGAAUGGGUACCACCGAGCUUGACUGCAUGUGGAACUACUAAAAAGCUUCAGGUUACGUUUCUUCGGCCUGAACAAUUCGAUAAGGACGCUUAUUAGGAUUUAGUAGUACUAUUAUUAGGGUUUUAAAUUUAGGUAAGCAUUUUCCUUUAACUCCGAGUGGUUGUGCCGAUUCGCCUCUCGUUCUAAUGGUGAAACGUCUGUAUCGAGUCUCUGCCAAAUCCAGCUUAUAAAAAAAGAGGGUAGAAGAAGAAAGACUCGGGGAAUAUCCACUGCGAAUAUGGUGGAUCAUGAUUCACUGCCCAGAAAGGUGACUGGUUCAAUAUUGUUUGUGCACGUUAAGUUAUGAACCACAACCUAUGUAUGUAGUGGUUAACUAAUUUGAGGUUCCUAUCUCUGGUGAAGUAUUUGCAGUCUUUUGUAGUUCUAUGACUACUUGGCAAAGCUUUUAUUUGGUGUAAUAGUAGCGAAUUAUAACUGAUCCCUUCGCUCA